AUGCGCGGAACCUUUCAAGUAUUCGCCUUGUUCAUUGCUUUUGGCUCUGUUGCACAGGCUAGGCCGUACAAUCGUCAGGCUAGCGCACAGGUCAUUACCUCUUGCAGUGUCCCCAAUACUGCUGCUAUCACGUUUGAUGAUGGACCAUACCUAUGGACGCGCAAUAUUGUUGAUAAACUGGAUGCAGCUGGAGCAAAGGGCACGUUCUUCGUAAAUGGUAUUAACUUCGGUUGCAUCUAUUCCGGGAACAAUCCGAGCAAUCUCAAGUACGCGUACGACCAAGGUCAUCAAAUUGCUUCCCAUACUUGGUCUCAUCCACACCUUCCUUCUCUCUCAACAUCGCAAAUAGAGGGCGAACUAACCAAAAUAAAUGAUGCAAUAGUGAGCAUUACUGGAGCAUUCCCUGCCUUUAUACGCCCUCCGUAUGGAGAAUACAGUCAAACCACACAACAAGUAGCAGGAAAACUAGGGCAGACUAUUGUAACGUGGGACUUUGACUCUGGUGACACUGCAGGGGUAUCGGCGGCCCAGUCGGCAGAGGCAUACAGGAAUUUGGUAGCCUCGACCCCCAGCAGUGUAUUAACACUCAACCAUGAAACUCAUUCCUCGACUGCCAACGAGCUGCUCGAUGAAAUGAUUCAGACACUCCAGAGUGCGGAUUACAAACUUGUCACCGUUGCUGAAUGUGUCGGAAUGGCGCCUUACCUAUCACAAGGCCAGCCCACUGGGUCGACAGGAACUUGCUAG